CAGAAAAUGAAAGCAUGGCGGGCACUGGAGUUUCAAAUCAACCUACUGUGAAACCAGACAGCUUUGGUAAUAGAUCGCUAUGGCAGCUUAUAAAUGGAACAGGAGUCCUGCGUCCGAAGGAAUUGGUAUCCAGAGAACUGACCAGAAAUGGAAAAAAGAUACUAGAUGGUUUAUCAUUUUAUAAAAAACCAGUAACGGUAGCAGGAGAACAACUCAAAGGAAAAAAGUUGUCUAAGCUCCACAAGGACCUGGUACAAAAGAUCAGCCAGUUUUUGGGAGUUGAAGAGUUACAGAGCUGGGAACUCUUCAGUUCUUUUCUAUCUAAUGAUUACAGAGGAUCACAGAAAAAUCUUCAGCACAUCCUCAACAAUGAGCGUCACACACAGGCCCUGGUGUACAAGAUCCGCGACUAUUACUUCACAGAGAGGCUUUACUUGCUACAGUGUGUCAAGGUCGUGAUUAACUUCUGGCAGGAUGAUGACCAUCCCUACAAGGAUGAGCUAGAACAGUUCAUGAGAAGGUUGACAACUGAUGGAAAUAUCAUGGAGAAGAUAUUGGAUCAGUUUAAAGGCUGUAUCAAGGAACAAUUGCCUACAUGGGAGACAAACGGAACAAUGAUGACUGAGAGACAGGCACAUGUAUGGGCUCACCAGAACCUACUGGAGCAGUGUGAGUUAUUAGAAAUCCUGGUGAUAUUUUUGAAGGACUUGGAAAUAAAUACUGACCAGGCUAUCAACUUGGUGGAAAUGUUUAAGCGACAUGGUUUUGGCAGACAUCAAAAGUACAAGCACAUUCUGGAGGAUCAAGCUGAACCUUUUAUCAAGAGGAUAGGCCACCUGGAGAUGUUGAUACUGCUAGAAGCCCUUGACCUGGAGAUGGUUCAUGGCUGUACCCACCUUGGAAAUUUUGAUGGACAUUGUAUUCUCAAAGAUCCGAGUUCAUUUAAGAGGCUGGACGAGGUGAUCCAGACCCUAGGGUCAGACCCUUCCCAUGGUCCUCUACUACUCUCCUGGGUGGCCAUACGUAUGGUGUAUCCCACGGUAACGGAUAACAGUCUCACCAGGAAGAUGGGUAAUAGUGCUUUAGCCCUACGUGUGUUUGAUGUUCUCUAUGAAAUCCUCAACACUGAACCGUUCUCCAGUAAAACAUCGUUUGUGUCGUCUGUAGCCCACUACAUAGUCUAUAACAUGCUGGUGAAUCUGCUCUCUGCAUUUGAUGAAGGGUCUCUAGGGGGAGAGAGAGAAAUCAAGGUGCUGUAUGCAAAUAUUUGUAAACUGUUGAAACAAGAAUUUGUGGCAGAAGAUUUCUGGAACAAGGGCCUGGAGGAGGGUUUGGGAUGUGUGUUCCAUUCCUCACGUCUCAAGUUCCCCUUGGACUUUGGUAGCCUGGUACGACUCAGUACCUCGUUAGCGUGUUCGGGUAUGGACAGUGCUAGGAAGAUUGUAGAAUUUUGGAGAAAGCUACCAUGUUACACAGAGUUCCUGGACAGAAAUAGUGUGUCUGACAUUAAUCAGACCAAGGACCCACUCAUAUGGCAGCUAGCCCGAAACAAAAUCCCCUACCCAGGAGGCAGUUUUAAGAUAGAUGCUGGAACACUCGGGCAGUGUUUGCCUAUGGCAGGGAAGAGAGAUGACAGUGAGAGCCCUAUCAUACAAUGGGAUGUAGAGUACAAUGGCUGGGAGCUAUUGUUAUGUGAGAUAGAGAUGCUGCUACAACAGAUCUCACUGGGCGCAGGGAUGGUGUCACCCAUGCAAGUUUCCAGAGUUACUCUCAUUGUGGAGAUGGUCGGAGCAGUCUUAGGAGCCUACCCUAAAGCUAUGGAGGAACUAGACCAGGUUAUUGAAUGCCUGUAUCAGCUUAUACACAGGUUUGCUAGUUUCAAUCCUCCACCACUGGACCUGAUGACGUCCUGUAUCCAGUGUCUGACAAGUGUGGCUAAGAAACAUCCUACAAAGGUAUGGCACAACAUGAAACAGACGGGGAUGGUUCCUUACCUCACGGAGAACGUGGACAACUUAGCAGAGGUUCUCAGUGGCCAGGGUCUGAGCGCUGGAUUGUAUGGAGCUAUCCUGGCGGGUUAUGAGUGUAACCAAGGACGAUACCCUGUAACCAUGGCAUUCCUGGACUUUAUCAGCUGUUUCAUAAAGCCAUUUUUUGCUGAGGGAAGAGAGGGUGACCUGAUGGCCCCUAUCCUAUAUUUCCUGAGAGAAGUUUUCCCUGUGUUCCAGAAGUGGCGUUACUACAGCUCGGCCAAGAGAGAAACCAUCGGGCAAAAGUGUCUGGACAUAUUUCACCAAAUUCUGACCUUUUUGACAGAAAACAGGAAGAAGUCAAACAGACCCCACCUACAGGAGGUGUGUGUAUAUAGUCUGUUGUUUACGGAGGCUGGCCGCUCCCUACUGGAGCUCAUCGCCAUGGGAGCUGAUACCAUAGAAAUGGCCCUCAUACAACAGGGAAGUUUUGAAGCAGCUGGUUCAGGAGCUGAGAUGAUACAGUUAGUACAGAUGUCGUUCUCCGUUCUAAAUCGUCUGCUUCUACUGAAGUCUCCAGACCAGCCUCUGUCUCCUGUGGAGAGUGCACUGUCAUCCCAGCCUGCGGGGAGACAAACACAACACAUAGUGGCGACCAUUGCCAGCUACAUCUACCACAAACACAACCCCCGACUUCCAGCUCUUGCCUGCCUUCUCCUCAAACGACUGGCACUGGUGUCGCGGAUGUCCAUAUUGGCCUGUCUAGGCGGGGAUGCGGAGACCAUCAGGGACAUGUACCUCUCCCGUUUACAGGCUGUCACAGAGGACCUGCGCCUGAAGGUUGUCAUCUUGGAGCUGUUGUCGGUGUGUGUAGAGGCACAGCCAGGCCUGAUAGAAAUCUUCCUUAACGUUCAGCCAGCUGAGGCCAUGACAGCCUCGGGGACAGAUGCUUCUGCAACAAGUGCCAACAAAAAGGAUCUCUCCCUGGGUAAAACAAGCUGCCUCCAGACAGUACUAGAUCUUAUGGAUGUUAAGAAACAGGGAGAGUACAUGUGUCCCCCAGAUUUGUUGUGUGCCUGUAUGGACUUUAUACACGCCCUUUGGGCAGGGCUAAGGGACACAGCCAUGUCUGUACUCAGGACACGGGCCAAUUUUUGGUUGAGUGUAUGUGCCCCACUGACCAGAGACCUGCCAUCCCCGGGAGAAGACGAUGAGUCACAGAUUGCUGUCCCCUACCAGGUGCGAACAAUCGCAUUUGUGUUGAGGAUACUUUCAGAGGAGAUAUACACAGUUACCAGGUAUGGAAUACAUCGUCACAGUACAAAACUAGAUGGCAAGCUGAAGAAGGUUCUAGCUGAUGUCAGUGAUGCGAACCGAUGGAAGUAUUGGUCUGGGUAUGUACGAGACUGUGUGGUGACACAGGCUGAGAAGUCCGAGUCACAGUCUCCAGCGGACAACCUGGCUGAUCAUCCAACUUUACAACUCCUCAUGGCCUGGAAAAACUUUGUCAUAACCAUUACCAAACUGAGGGUUGAGGAGUUGAAGGUGAACAACAGUUUAAGAGAAGUGAUUAUGGUGGAUCUGAUGGAAGGUGUACAGGCAUUGGUGUCGGGUGACUUUUCUGUACUGAACGUCAAACUGGCCCAGAUCUCCAGUGCUUUCCUCUUCAACCUUAUCAAACAGUGGACCAGUUCUCUAAGUAACCAGACACGGAUGAUAAAGGAGCUACAGGCAGCUAUAGUUCACACCCUGUCUAACAGUAAGACACUCAUCCCUCCGAUACAGGUCGGACUGCUGGGAAGUAUCACGGCCAUCAUACAACAUGUCCGACUCAACUCAGUCGUAGAUAUGAGCCCUGACAAGUACCUGUCUGUCAUCCUUCCUACCACAUGUUCAGUCCUACUACAGAGUACCCGUCAGCUCCCGUCCCCCAAACACCUGGUGGAACAAAAGGAUACACAAGGAGAAUUGGCAGCUGGUAACAUCAGACUAAAGAUGCAGAUUGUGACCUGCUGUUUAUUAGAGGAGCUCAUCCUUCAGUGUGACAGGAGUGAGAUGUGGCUACCCAUCUUAAAGGAGCACUUCAUCCUCCCUACACUCAUGGCCUCCAUGGAAGUCUUCAUCAAGGGUAAACAGGCUGUACAUUAUGUCCAGACUGUGUUUCUCCUACUGUUGACCAUCGCUAAGUAUGACAAGGGGGCUGAGGCACUAGCUAUGAGUGGUGUUACACAACAUACGUGUUUGUCCAUGAUAUCACUGUACCAGGAUAGUGACCUGUUCUCCAAACCAGGAGCUCCACCCAGGAAGGAUGUGGCGGAGCUUCAUCAGAAUGUCAGAGCUACCUGGCAUGGGAUAUACUGUAUCUGUGUAGAUCUGUAUGCCACCGUGCUGUCUGCCCUCAAGUACUCGUUCCUUGAGGAUGCCCUCCACUUUGUAGGUGCUCAUCAGGACCGGAUGCAGCAGUGUUUGGAGCUGUCGCGUAUCACACUGACUCCUGGAGCUCUGUAUGAGGCAGAAAAGACAUGUGAUUUUAUCCACCAACUUUCACAUUUUGCACGUGAAUGGAGACUCCAUCUAUCAGACUCGCUUAUCAAGCUUCAGACUAGCAUGAUUUACAUGAGCCAGGCCUUUAUUGCAUUCCUCAUGCGGCCUAGAUACCUACAACAUGUACUAGAGCAACAGAAUGGUCAAAAAGGUCAAACAAGAGAGCGGACGUCUACCUCCCCGAAACAACCACGUCUCCAGGCCCAAUCCUCAAUGGAGGACAUUGAUUCUCCAUCCUCCCAACUUCUUCACACGCAACACAGGAUGCUGACUAUACUAGGCAUGAGUUUCUCCUGUUUACGACAGUUCACACCAGACCUACUGGAGAUUCUUUAUGAACAGAGUAUGGACUACAGUGAGUAUGAGCCUUUCCUGGCGCUGGGCUUCAGUGCGCCAUCAGUGGACCAGGAUAGUACACCUUCCUUCGGUACACUGACCACCUGUGUCCGGGAUGUUUGUGUUAGAUUUCUUACCAAGUUGGAGCCAAAACCAGGUUCUUCUCCGCAGAGAUCCACAUCUCCCGUCAGUGGCAUCACCCAGGUCAUCUCCAAAAGCCUGGUGCUGUACGUGAUGGAGAAUGCUCUGUACAUCAUUAUGUCCCAGGCUACACGAUAUCUACGUGACCCACACCUUGUAUCUACAGACAAACAACUACUCAAGAGGGAACUAGGCACUGAAAUGAAUUAUUUCCUGAAGGAACUAGAGCGUUACCUGAGGAAAGGAACACCAGUAUCACCCAACACUAGUUCAACCAGUCUUAGUCCACGGACAGCACAAUCAGGAGGUCCUCUUCUGGGACGCUCCAUCUCACAGACAUCGUUUGCAAUCAGUCAAGAGACAGAAUUCUUCCGAUUUGUGCGCGAGUAUGUAACACAAGUGCUGAAGUAAUAUGUGCAGGCUGUUCGUUCUGCAGCUUCACUUUUCUGUGUGAGAUCGUAUCAUUGUGUAGUGACCUGGCUGUUUUUGUCUUCAACCUUCAAUUGUUACAUUGUUUCAACAACUGUCCUUUAAGGAAAAGAAGAUCCAGUAAUUAAAACAUAUUGUAGCAUUGAAUAUAUCCAGAUUCUGAGUGGAAUGUUGACUUGAUUACUACUUAAGUUGUUAAGAUUCAUUUUGUUAAAAUUCUACUAAAUGAAGUUAUGAAUGUGAUUUCAUUGAACGCCAAAGAAGGAAUUUAAAGAUGAUGACUAGUUUUUGAUGCCGAUAAGAUUCAGAUUCUCCAUUUUUCUAAGCAUGAAAUAUCCUUAGUGCUUUAAGUUCAGGGAAGAAUUUGGCCUUUGAUGCUGCCAAGCAAUAUCUAUUCUGAGCAUCACUCUUGAGAAAUUGGUUUUUAGUGUUAUAUUUUAUAAAACGGGUCACUAUACCCUUGCAUUGGAUACCUGUAAUUAUUUUGGUGUUUGGUGGUCUUGUAUUUUGAAGAUUAUCUUAAGAACAAAAGAUUACCCCAAUAUCUUCCAAAGAAAACAUUAAGAGUGUAAAAAGUGCUAAAUAAAUAUAUGUUAAUAGCCAGAUACCCAGACACAUGUAUGGGUGUGAGGAUGGCGACCAGGUACCCUGUAGUGGUAUAGUAUGUACUAGUUAUGUAUGGGUGUGAGGAUGGCGACCAGAUACCCUGUAGUGGUCAAGUAUGUACUAGUUAUGUACGGGUGUGAGGAUGGCGACCAGGUACCCUGUAGUGGUCAAGUAUGUACGGGUGUGAGGAUGGCGACCAGGUACCCUGUAGUGGUCAAGUAUGUACUAGUUAUGUACGGGUGUGAGGAUGGCGACCAGGUACCCUGUAGUGGUCAAGUAUGUACUAGUUAUGUAUGGGUGUGAGGAUGGCGACCAGGUACCCUGUAGUGGUCAAGUAUGUACUAGUUAUGUACGGGUGUGAGAAUGACGGCCAGGUACCCUGUAGUGGUAUAGUAUGUACUAGUUAUGUACGGGUGUGAGAAUGACGGCCAGGUACCCUGUAGUGGUAUAGUAUGUACUAGUUAUGUACGGGUGUGAGAAUGACGGCCAGACAACCUAUAGUGGUCAAGUAUGUACUAGUUAUUUAUGUCUGUGAGAAAGAAGAUGUUGAAUAUCUCACAAAUUUUUUGAGUGAUUUGUUAGUUGAACACAGAAUGGUUGAGCUUUCCACGUUUUUGAUUGGUGUACUUGUUGAUACACCAUCUGACAACACAUUAGAUGUCGUAAUCAGAUGACCUUAAAUUCAAUGCCCGACUGCUUGUGCAUAUUAAAGCAUGGCUCUGGUAAAAGCUCAUGAGAGUGUGUCAUAUGUGUUGAAUAUAUAGGAACAACAAGAGGUUUACCAGUAGGUUUAAAAUCCGACUAGUCAAACUGUGACUGUGUUUCAGUAUUGAAAGAGUAGAUGGGGCAGCUAUCUUGCUCUGAAAUAACAUUCAUUUAAAAUAUUGCCAUUGUGUACAAGUGACCUGUAAAUAAAAGAUGUACCAGAUGA